AUGGCAGCUAAGAUUAUUGUAUUCUCCCUGUUUGUGGCAACUGUAUGCGGCAGUGGUGGUUACUCGAGUUUCUCAUAUGGUGUAUCUGACCCUAACACUGGUGAUGUCAAGGAUCAACAUGAGAAACGCGUUGGUGACAGCGUUGUGGGCAAAUACUCACUUAUAGAAUCUGAUGGAACCAAAAGAAUAGUGGAGUAUGAAGCUAAUGCCGCUACUGGAUUCAAUGCUGUUGUUCGGAAAGAACCUGCAGGUGGGGCCCAACUAGCUGGACCCUUAGCCCAUGAACCUUUACUUUAUCCCUCAAACGGACCCCUUGCACCUGGCCACGCUGCUCAAUUUGCUCCUGCAGGAUCUCAUGGUUACCCUGGCGCUCUUCUCCCGCCUGGUGCCCUUCCUCACCCAGGAGCCCAUCCUCACCAGGGAGCCCUUCCUCACCCUGGAGCUCUGCCCCAUCCUAGUGGUUUAGGACAUCCUGGUACACUGCAACAUCCAGGCGCAUUCGCUCACCCUGGUGCUCUGGCUCACCAAGCAUCUUUGUCACAUAAUGCUGCUCUUGCUAAUCAAGCAGCUUUGGCUCAUCGUGGUGCUCUUGGUCACCAUGGCGCUCCUUCUCAUUCUGGUGAUAUCGGACCUCUAGCUCACCCUAGUGGUAUUGCCCAUCCCGGUGCUAUAAAUCCUCAUGUUAACCAUUUAGCUGGUAAUUACGCUCGUCCCGGAUAUGCUCCCUUCCCUGGCACAAAUGCAUACGGCAGUCAUGCGUCUGGUCCUCAGGGAGUUCCUGCAGUGUCUCAUUAUUCUCACUCUGUCGUUCAUGAAGCUCCUCGUGCGUACUCUGGACCUUAUGCUGGUGGUUACAACGGUGCCUAUGGUGGAGCUUACGGCGGUGCCUAUGGAGGUUACGGUGGUGCUUACAGAGGACACGGUGCUCACGGCCAACAUGGUCCCUUCGAUGCUCCUUCGGCGCAUGGACCUGCUACCCCCCUUGGCCAUGGUCUCGCUGGUCCUCAUGGUUUAGCUCAUAGUUACAACAGCAACACUCGAGGUGAAGCUUACCCUCACGGAUAUGGAGGAUAUGGAGCUCGUUCCAAUGGAGCUUACGGUGCCGGUAAUGGAUCUGGUUUCGGAUCUGGACUUGGAGCCGGUCUACCCUGUGCUGCUACUGGAUUUAAUGCCAUCGUUCGAAAAGAGCCUGGCGGUGAAGGCCAACCAUCUGAACCUCUAGGUCUUGAACCUUUACCUGGAUCUGCUAAUCAAUCUAUUGCACCUGCUCAACCUUCUCCACUUGCACCCGCUCAAGUUGCUCCAAAUACAUCUGCCAAUGCUACACCGAUUGCACCUCCUGCUCAUCCGGGACAAAUGGGUCAACCUGGUUCUCCUCCGCUUCCUGUUGCUAACUCAGAUCUUAGUGGUAAGCCUCAUUCCGAAAACCUCUUUACUCCUGCUACUGGUCAAAACCCAGGUGCUUUAGUCCACCCUAGUUCCGAAGUUCAAUCCAGUAAUUUACCAGUUAAAGGUACCUUAACUCCCUUACCUUGUACUUUGACUCACCAAACGCCUUUGGUUAAAUUUUGUGCUGUUUCCCAUCAAACCGUUUUUGCCCAACAUGGUUUUGGCCAACGCGAUAUCCUCUCCUAUCCUGGUGCAAACGGCCCUCAAACUUACCCUGCUGCUAUUAGUAAUUCUAGGCCCUUAAACCCUUAUGUUAAAUCUUUAUCUGAUAACUUCAUUCGUCAGGGAUACGCUUCUUUUGCUGGUGCUAACGGAUUAGGAAGUCCUAUUUCUGGACCUCAAGGAGUUCCCGCUGUAUCCCAUUUUUCUAAUUCUAUUGUACAUGAAGCUCCCCACGCCUAUCCAGGAUCUCGCGCUUUCGGUUAUAAUGGUGCCUAUGGUGGACCUUAUGGUGGUUCCUACGGUGGCUAUGGAGGAUUUGGUGCUUACGACCAACACAGUGCUUUGGGCGCUCAAUGGUUACGAGGACCUGGUAACUUUCUUGCUCAUGGUGUUGGACCUUAUGGUGUAGCCCAUAGUUACACUAGCCUCACCCGUGGGGAAGCCUACCCUCAUGGUUAUGGAGGAUAUGGGGCCCGUUUUAAUGGGGCCAGCGGCGCUGAUGUAGGAGCUGGUCUACCUUGGAGAUAA